AUGUCACUGAUUCCCAAGUCAUUCUUACUGAAACUCCCAUUUACGGACAAGCCAGCCAUCGAGCCGCCUCUUGACCUGAGCGCAUGUGAUCUCCCGACCCGCAAAGUUGUCCUUCAGCAGUUCGAAGAAAUCGUCUCCAUCGAGCUGGCUAGGGCAGGAUAUGUACCGCAUUUAGAUGGCGGAAUGCUCUGCAAUCUAUCAGAGAUAUUGAAUGCACACCUGCGCCGACAACGCGUGUGGAGGAGCAUGACGCUGACAAGGAUCAUGUCCUUCGAUGGUCCUUUGCAACCCGUGAACUCCUGUUGGUUCGCAUUCCGAAACGGCGUCUUAGCCAUUGGUUCCAAACACCCGUACAGUGUACCUUUCGACCAUUUCGGGGAAGAUGUCUUUAGCGAGGUGGAUAUCUACUACACGCGCUCGAAGGAUGUGGCGAAGCAGCAUCGUCAUUAUAAACUGCCUAACCCUUGCACUGGACUCGAAAUAGAUCCUGCGCAAGACCUCCUGGUAGCGUGGUACAGUCCCAAACCGCUCCCUUGGCACUCGUUGGAUAACCAUGAAGUGCAUGACGAGUGGCGCUCGAUAAUCGGAUCGAGAGUUAACUUCUUCUAUCUGCCUAAUGGUCAGCAUCAUCGCUUGGCUUCUAAAUCCGGGCUAUCGGAUCAUAGUAAGGAGUACUACGACGAGUAUGGAGUCAAGAUCUGGGGUGACCAUAUUGCCCUGAUCGAUAGAUGUUGUGAAAGCAUUGAUGUUUAUAACUGGAAACGCAACGGGGAGCUUAUGUAUUCUCUUGGCAAAGUCGACUGCAUGCUGAAUGACUUCUGCCUCCUCAAACCAUGCGGUACAUAUAACAACGAACCUCUAGGUGGUGGAUCUGCAUCUUUUGAUGUAUUUGCGAAGUCCGAAGAUGUGGAACACCUGGUUGCACGCUUUCAGCUGCCAAUGCUCCGCGAUCACGUCAAAUGCAAGAUAAGCCAAUGUGAAACAUUCCGUACAAAUUACUACUCCGCGAAAUCUGGUUCAAAGGACGCGCCACCUAUCCUGCUCUCAACAUCUCCGACGCCAUCUAUGAUACAAUUACGGCUCGUUGUCUGCGACGUCACGAAAGAACACAACCGCGCCGAAUACGUGGUCUUCGUUUAUACAAGGCUGUUCCUGCUCGCGAUCUCAAAGCUCGGCUCUGUCGGUGACCAAGCUGCUCACGAAGUCAACAUAAUUCCCUGGGAGCAGUGGGGCCCACGUUCGUCUUUCUGGUUCGAGGAGGGCAGUUAUGUCGGAAGCUUGUUACAAGAAGAAUUAGGCCCUGAUACAGAGGACAAAAAACAUGAAUGGAAGAAUGCGUGCUACGGAUUUCGAGUCCUCCUGCCUUCGCAGAUGCUAGAUUUCACUCCUCUGGAUGCGGAUGACUGCGAAGAUCACCAAACACAUGGACAGGGUGACAUACACCUCGAGACAGUUGCUGACGAGAAAGCCAUAUGGUUCACAAAAACAGUGCGCACGACGGCGGCCUAUCGCCAAAGCAAUACCGAGAACACGUCACUUGGAGGGAAUUAUGUGUGGUACAUUGUUGAUGAGGACGUUCUGGGUAUCAGUAGCGUAGAACAAGUUGAUGAAUGUAUGAUAUGGUACUAUUACAAUACUCGACAACCGGAAAUGUGGGCACCAUGGCUGCAAAGCCAGGUCUGCGAACGAGCCGAGGUGUCGCCCACGAUGGCUGGGGGCGUCAGCGUGGCAGGGAAGCACGAGAAUAUCCCCGUUUUCACAAUCCAGUUUCUGAAUCAGUCUAUUAGCGGCGGGUCGAUCUCUCGCGCCACAAUGAUGACGACUCAAAUGAGGUAUACGGCCGACGAAAUCAACGAAGACUAA